AUGCUUCUUUCUCUGUAUAUCUCACGAUUUGUGAAUAUUUCAGUCGAAGCGACCGAAACUUUGAGCGCUGACAAACAUCCGAGUAUUCAUCUCGUUAUUCCGUUGAGACAACAAUUGAUCAAAUUAUCUCAACCGGAUCCUUAUAAUUGUGACGCAAUAGCAAAAUUAAAAGAAUUUCAAAAUUAUUAUGGAGUUAUGCCAAAGCCAAUGUGUCAGAAAUGUGGAACUAAUGAUAAUGUAAUACCAUCUGUACGAGGAAAACCAUCUCAAGAACUUGCUAUGUAUGCUGAAGAAGGCUAUGUCAAGUUGUCAGGAUGCACCACGACACAUACGGGUUGGUGUAAAAAAUGUGAACAAUGGACAGGUUAA